GCACUAGCCCACAUGGGUGAGUGCUUACUUGCUCCUUUCUAUUAACAUACAAAUGUUAGCCUCAUUCUCUCUGCUUCUUCUUCACUUGGUUAUCAUCUUUCUCUUUCUCUUUAUAUCAUUGUAAGUAUUCUUAAUUUUCAAGUGUAUUGCUAGAAUAGUUCUAGAUAAAAUGGGAAGGCUAAGGUUUGAGAGAGUAUUGGAUUGUUUUUCUUUUCCAAAUUGUUGUACAUCUUAUCUUUGUGCCAAUGCAAUGGAAGAUGAAGAGUGUGAAAGGAUGACCCUCAUCAAAGUUCCUGAAGAUCAGAAGCUAAAACUUGGUGAUCAUCUCAAUAAUGCAUGCAAGACAUUGGCUUUUCAUCUUGAGCCAAAGACUGUAGUUCUAAGGGUGUCAAUGCAUUGCAAUGGAUGUGCAAGGAAGGUUGAAAAACAUAUCUCAAAGAUGGAAGGAGUGACAUCAUUUGAGGUAGAUCUACAAAGCAAGAAGGUGGUUGUGGUGGGUGAUAUCAACCCAUUUGAGGUUCUUGACAGUGUUUCCAAGAUUAAGUUUGCAGAGCUAUGUCUAUUCACCUAAAAUUAUCAUACACAAUGAAACUCUUCAAAACUUUCAAUGAUACAAGCAAUGCU